AUGGCUGGCUUCGCACACCACAAGACAUGGACCGAUUUGAUGCCAAAUUUGAAUUUCAUCACAACCAACCGUCAGUGCCGCUCUUCUGGGUCCGAGCCAUCCAGUCAGUCACCGAGUCGCCGUUUCGGUCUUUUUCUACACGCACAAACCCGAACCUUCUGCCUCUCUUCUCCCCAACUUGUGUCUUUGGGGGCCGAACGCCAUGGUCCCUACCGGGCAAUUGUGGCCGCCUUUCUGGCCAAUCCGUUGGUUCGUUCGUUUAUUAAUGCUGCCUGGGAUCAGAUGAGACAAGACGAGACAAGGCCAAGGCCCCAAUGA